AUGCGUUUGGCUUACACUAUAGCGCUUCUAGCGACUGCCCAAGCCAUCUGGCCCUUUGGCGAUUCGGAUGAGUCUUCCUCUGUGAGCUCCUCAGAGAGCAGCACAUCAUCAUCUACUUCCUCCAGCUCCAGCUCAUCUUCGAGCUCAUCCAGCUCAUCUUCAGAAACAACCACUGAGGAGUCUUCCACAUCGACUUUUGGUGUGGCCACAACAGAAACAAGCACAGGCGGUGGUCUCGAGUAUGCACCCAAACAAACGCUGUGUCCCGACUACGAUAUUGUCAGAAACGCAUCUCUGCUUAACGAGGCAGAGUCAAAGUACAUUCUGAACCGUCAGGCAAUCACCAACGAGAACUUGGUUGAUUUUCUCGAGAAUGUUGCUCAGCUUCAUGAUUUCGAUGCCCAGGACUUUAUCGACAGCAACAAGGAUACCCACAAUAUCUCCAUCGGCUUGGCCUUCAGUGGAGGCGGCUACAGAGCCAUGCUUUGUGGAGCAGGCCAGCUUUUGGCGCUCGACAACAGGUACAAGGAGUCUGAACUGCGAGGACUUGGCGGUCUUCUACAGAGUUCUACCUACUUGACUGGUCUUUCCGGUGGAAGUUGGCUUUUGGGUACGCUUAUUCUCAAUGACUGGAUCUCUGUGGGUGAUAUUCUUGAGGAGGAUAGCGGCAUCUGGGACCUUUCCGAUUCGAUUUUCAACCCUAACGGUUUGAAUGUGAUUCGUAACAUCCGUUACUACAAUGCCCUUCGUGAAGCGUUGGACAGAAAAUCCGACUUUGGCUUCGCUACUUCUCUCACUGACGUCUGGGGCCGUGCUUUGUCCAUGCAAUUUUUCAACGAGGAUGACGUCCCAAGAGGUGGUGAAAACAUGACCUGGUCUGGUAUCCAAGAGAGGGAUAGCUACAAGAACCAUCUGAUGCCUUACCCAAUUAUUGUCGCAAACGGACGUAACCCCAACACGAUAAUCAUCAACGAGAACUCCACCGUCUACGAGAUUUCCCCUAACGAGUUGGGUACGUGGGAUCCUAGUGUCCGCAGUUUUGUUAACCUUAAGUAUAUGGGAACCAAGCUCGAGGGCGGCAAGCCCAACACCUCAGAGUGUAUAUCCCAUUUUGACAAUGCCGGAUUCAUGAUGGGUACCCUGUCGUCCCUUUUCAACCAAGGUCUUCUUCGUUUACCAAACUCCGACAUUAAUUGGGCGCUCAAGAGAAUUAUUCAAAUGAUCUUGCUGCCUUUGCUGAAGAAUGAAGUCGACAUUGCCGUGCACGAACCUAAUCCCUUCUAUUUAUCCGAGUACGGUAACUCCGACGAGAUCUUGAAUGACUCCAGCUUGCAUUUAGUUGACGGUGGUGAGGAUCAGCAAAAUGUGCCUCUCUACCCACUUAUUCAAAAAACCAGAAACGUUGAUGUGAUCUUCGGGUUUGACAAUUCCGCUGACACUGACCUUAACUGGCCUAACGGUACAUCCUUUGUUCACACUUUCCAAAGACAAUUUGCCAAGCAGGGCCAUGGUACUCCAUUCCCAUUCGUCCCCUCCAGUCAGGAGUUCCUCAGAGGUGGUCUCAAUGAAAGACCAGUGUUCUUUGGCUGUGAUGCCAGAAACUUGUCUGACUUGGUCGCAUGGCAUGACUCUGAGUACAAUGUCACCGACGUUCCAUUGGUCAUCUACAUUCCUAAUAGUCCUUACUCUCAUGAGACGAAUACCAGUACUUAUGAUAUGAGCUACGACCACGAUGAGAAACUCAAUCUCAUUCAGAACGGUUUCGAGGUUUCGUCCAGAGGAAACUUCAGUGAAGAUAGAGAGUGGCCUACUUGUGUUGGAUGUGCAAUCAUCCGUAGACAACAGGAGCGUCUCGGCAAGAAGCAAUCAGUGGAAUGUCAGAGGUGUUUCGAGAGAUACUGCUGGACAGGGGACAUCGAAGACACGCCUCAGCUGAGCAUCGGCUCUGCCGUUUCUGGAGCAGCCUUCAAGACUGACGACAAAGGAACCUCCAACACGGUCGAAUCCUCUACAUUGACUGCUGAUCAAACUUCUUCCUCUGAAUCUGCAAGUGAGACUGCUUCUGAAAGUGGUAGUUCAUCCAAGGGGGGAAGCGCUCCCGUGAUGAUGGAGCUUGGAAGUAUGACGGUCGCUGGUCUCGCGGCACUUUUAAUUCUUUAG